GCUCCGAGUUCCCGCGAGGAUCAAUGACCUGACGGGGCGCCGGAGCCGCGCUGCCUCUAGGGUGGUCUGAGCCGGUGGUGAGCCCGGUGCUCGCGGACCGGCGGGCGGGCCGGAGAGCCGCAGUCUCCCGCGGCGGGGUGAGAAGGCGGAGGAGCGGGAACCGCGGCGGCGCUCGCGCGGCGCCUGCGGGGGGAAGGGCAGUUCCGGGCCGGGCCUCGCCUCAGCAGGGCGGCGGCUCUCGCCGCACAGACUCAGGGCCCUGGCGGCAGCGGCGACUGGAGGAGUCAAGUUGUGCGGGGUGAUGUCCGAGUGAGCGGCUGGCCCGGACCUCUGCCCCUAGGAGGCAACUCCCACGCAGGCCGCACGGGCGCCCUCGCGGCUGGGAGGUUUGGUUUCGGUUUCGCAGCAGCGGCUGCGGCGUGGUUGGCUGAAGGGACUCGGGACACCUGAAUGCCCCCGGCCCCGGCUCCUCCGACGCGAUGGGGAAGGUGCUAUCCAAAAUCUUCGGGAACAAGGAAAUGCGGAUCCUCAUGUUGGGCCUGGACGCGGCCGGCAAGACAACAAUCCUGUACAAGUUGAAGCUGGGCCAGUCGGUGACCACCAUUCCUACCGUGGGUUUCAACGUGGAGACGGUGACUUACAAAAACGUCAAGUUCAACGUAUGGGAUGUGGGCGGCCAGGACAAGAUCCGGCCACUCUGGCGGCAUUACUACACCGGGACCCAGGGUCUGAUCUUCGUAGUGGACUGCGCCGACCGCGACCGCAUCGACGAGGCCCGCCAGGAGCUGCACCGCAUUAUCAAUGACCGGGAGAUGAGGGACGCCAUAAUCCUCAUCUUCGCCAACAAGCAGGACCUGCCUGAUGCCAUGAAACCCCACGAGAUCCAGGAGAAACUGGGCCUGACCCGGAUUCGGGACAGGAACUGGUAUGUUCAGCCCUCCUGUGCCACCUCUGGGGACGGACUCUAUGAGGGGCUCACAUGGUUAACCUCUAACUACAAAUCCUAAUGAGCAUCCUCCACCCAUCCCCCGGAAGGAGAGAAAUCAAAAACCCAUUCAUAGGAUUAUCGCCACCAUCACCUCUUUUCAAUUGCCACUUUCUCUUCUUUUGAAUUUGAACUCUGGAGUUAACUGUACUACGGUUUGGGAGGGUUUGGGGAUUUUCUUUUUUGUUUCCUUUUUUAUUUUUUUUGGCUUUGCGUUAGGAUGCUCUGAUCUGACAUUUGACAUGAACACAAAGUGCUAGAUGCUCUGUUGACUUCCAGCAAAUGGGAUGGGGAAAAUAUAGCAGUUUUGGUAAAGUCCUUUAUAAUAAUGGUUUGAUUUUUUUAUUUCGACAGAAUCUUUUUCUGCCAAUGUAUGCUUUUUUCCUUUUUGCCCAGUUUUCUUAUCACUUGCUGUAGAUGGCUUAUUUUGCAUUCAUGCAGACUGUGUUGCAAGUCUGUUUCAUCUAGUAAACUGAAAAUUAUUGCUUAAUCAAACUGCCGUUUGUCUUUUAUAUUUAAGGCCUUCCCCCCUCCCUUUUAUGAGUUCUAACUUUAAUUUAGUAAUUUCCAAUAUGAUCUUUUAUAUCUUAAGACCAGUACAGUAAACUUAGCCCACAGUGGCAAAUAAUGAGUAAUAUCAUUGUAAUAUGUUCCAGUUGCACAUCAGUAUGUUAAACAGGUAACGUAAGAAGUUCUUUGAAAUGUCAGCUAUUAAGUUCUGAGACAUACAUCAUGCAUGAGUAGGAAUAAAAUCCAACUUCCCCAUAACAUAGCUAACUUACGCUGCAUAAAAAUAUGAAAGUGUAACCCAUAAAGGACGCAGAUUUUUAAUUGCACUGCGAAGUUAGCAACUUUGCUGUUUUCCUUCUUUUUUUUUUUUUUGACUUUAAAAAAUAGACUCUUUCCAGAAAAUGGAGCAAUAAUGGUGUAUGCCAAACAGAUGAAAUAUUUGUAGAUACUUUAAGUGACUUUUGGGCAAAACUGGAAUAUACACUUUUACCUUGUUUCAAAUGUCUAAGACCAGUACUUCUAAAGUUACUAAGCCCUUUACUUUGUUCAUUAAUAAAGCAUUUAAGAAUUCAAAUGAUAUGCACCUUUUACCUAGUUGGAAAAAUACACAUUCCUGUUUUCACAUUACAGCAACUGAUUAAGCUGAAGAUAAAAGUCAUUUUUUUAUAGAUAGGGAUCCACAUCUACAUUAAUUAGAACACUGGAAAAGAUGUUUUAUAAAAAAGAUAUUUAAUAUUGUUUGAUUGUAGGAUUAACUCAUGCAAAUAGUAAGUCAGAUAUCUUGUUGGUUCAAUAGUACACUCUCCUUUAAGAAAGCAAAUGUGUUGAAUGAUGUGUAGACUUGAGGGAUGACAAAGGGGAAGUAGGAUGAAGAGAAAGAACCUACAAAUGACAAUGAAUGUAAACUUAUUUUUCUUCAAGGGUAUGCAGUGUGCUCACUGUUGAUAUAGAUCCUAACAACAUUACUUGAUAGCUGGUUAGGACCAGUAACUAGAUUGAGACCACUAUGAUAAUAUUUUGAACCAAAUGUUCGUGUUUGAUAUAGAAUUGUGAAGCAGCAUCUGGUUCUUGUAUAGCCUUAAGGAUUAAUCUUAGUGAUCCUCAAGGACUUGAACUUAGGGAAUUUCAGAAAUGUAGACUGCAAAAGCAGUAUACAGGAAAAGGUGGAGUGGGUUUUGUUUAUGAGGGUAUCUGAAAGCUAAAAUUGAGCGGGAUAUCAUGGUAUAGUUGGACAGUAUUGGUCCUUCAUGCUUUGGCCAUAUCGUAUAAUGGAGCUUUUACCAAAGAUGUAUGAGAAGCAUACGGCUAUAAAAAAAAUAAACUAUUUAAAGUAAAACUUUUGACAAGUGUUUUACUUAAAGCAGAUGAGAAAAGGUGCUAUAUUGUAGGCUCCUGCUGGUGCAGAGGGAUUUUUGAAUUCAAGAUGCAACUAAACCUAAAAUUCUGUUUCACUUCAGUGGAAGUAUCUCUGGAAAUGAGGCUGAUAAAUGCACCUAAGAACAUUUUAGUUGCUUUUUAAAAUUCCCAAAGCUCCACCAUAAAUGUAAUUCUUAGUAUUUUAAAUGAUUACAUUUUAAGGUACAUAAACAUGGGUUAUACAAAUAUCAAUGCUAUAGUAACAUCCUGAAACAAAACAAGCACAAAGGUAUAAAUGCCUAAACUGGAGGAAACUUGAAACCCUCGUGUUAAUUCUUAAAUGUAGUAUUUCUAACUUGUGACAGUUAGAUUGGUAGGCAGCCAUUUUUUGUGUGUCUUAAAAUAACUGGGGGCAUAGUUAAAAUUUUAUACAUCAAAUGAUUGCUAUUAUUGAAUGUUGCAGGUGAGAUGUAGUUAUUUUUAGUUUAUUUGAAAUGUCUGACUGAAAAUGGGGGUGGGGGAAGCAAAUAUUUGAAAUUUGGGAAACCCUAAACCUUUUGGUAAGAAAUUGUAAUUUUUACAUUUUCUUUAAGGAUAUCAAAAGUUUAUAAUUGAUGUAGUUAAAUCAAGCCAUAACCAUUGGUGAUUAUGGAGCAGGUAAUUAUAGCCUGCAGAAAAAGUCAUAACUAAGAAUUUAAGAAUUUAAUAAAUAUAAGAUCCUGAAGUUUUUGUUUAAUUGCAUCAAUUUCUGUAUUUAUGUGAAUUUAUAAACUGCAGAAAGUUUGAAUGAGGUUAAUCUUGUCUAAUAUAAUUAAAUGAGUCUGUAGAUUGUGAUCUCCCCAAACUCAAAAGUACAGUGCUUGGAAUUGUGUUCUUUAUGGUUGUAGUAUUGGUAAAGCACUAAUAUGCAGAAAAUAAAGGAAUUACACAGUGCA